AUGCCUUAUUCAUUGCUUAAUGCUGAGUUAUUCAAAGGAAUGCCGUCUGAGUGGGAUCGACCUUAUAUGCGAUGGACACUUCGACUUGAAUAUGUGCUUUCGGAUCGAACAGCUCUGGACGCCUUUCGAGACUGGCUGGUCGCGAACUCUAAUCCUCAGCCACUGGAGUUGCACUUCGCUCUGCUCGCAUACGAUCGAAUGUCUGCGCAACGAAACGUACAAACAGCUGAUUUGGCGCGGUCUAUUUACCAGAAGUACAUAUCCCUUCGCACUUCCACAUGUUGCUUCAACUUUAUCCCGCAUAAAAUACGACAAGAGGUCGGUGCCUCUUUGAAGGCAACGGGUUCUGGAUUUCCUGAUCCUCGGCUUUUCUCCAGUAUUCUGCCCUAUGUCGACUCCUUUCUUCGUCAGCAGCACGAACAAUUUGUUUGUUCUGAAGAGUUCCUCGAGGCUUUCAAUCGUAAAGAGUUGAAAGUGGCUAUGGAAGAGAUCGGAACACGAGUCUCGGAUGAGGUUUUUUUCUCCAUUGCCCAUGUGAAUGUGGCUGUUGUUAUGUCGGAACAUCUGACGGGAAAUUUGGGUCUAAUGAUUGGUGAACUAUUGACGUAUGUUGCGGAUGUUCUCCACAACCUCUUCAGUUGCAGCGUCAGCUAUUGA